AAGUCCAUCUGGAGCCUGCAGCAGAGAAGCAGCGAGUCGAAACAAACUCAAACCUGAACCAACAGAUGUGUGUCGCUGUGAAGAAGACAAGAGAAAAGCAGAUUGUAAUCCUCGGAUUGGGACAUCCCUGAUUUAAUGAUGAUCCUUUCUGGUCAUUACUUUAGUAUUAAUACGCAGGUCAAAGGUCGAGUCUUACUAAAAGUGGAGUGUGACGAUCUCACCUGGUAACCACCUAAACUGAGCCCAAAAGAAGUCCUGCUUUCUUGAAAUUAACCUUUAAAUCCACAAUGGGAGACAAACCCCCGACAGCCACAUCAGGAAGUGGCGGUGGUGACGGGCGGAAGUGGCGGAACCCCGUGCCAGUCAGAGCUGCGAUCGGGGCUGCGGUCGGGGCUGCGGUCGGGUCAUUGACCGGACUGAUAGCCGGCCUGGCGGCCGGAGCGGGGGCCGCUGGCGCGGCGGUUGGGGGGGCGACAGGAGCCGUGACGGGCGCGGCGGCCGGAGCGGCAGCCGGAGCGGCAGCGGGAACGGCAGCGGGGGCACUGGCAGGAGCGGCGGUCGGAGUGGCGGCAGGAGCGGCGGCUGGAGCUCUGGCGCUGGCGGUGGCGGCAGCGGCGGUGGCGGUUGCCGUGCCGGUGGUGGUGAUUGGCGUGUCUUUGGCAGCUGGCAAACGCACCGCUUGUGACGGAAAAAGUAGCAGUAAAGGUGAUCUUCAGCCUGUGAAGCGGAGCCAGAGUUUUGAUUUGCUUCCACCAAACCUGUCUGAGCUGAGGGUCGUUCUGCUGGGGAACAGCUGGUCUCAGAGGAGCUCAGUGGGGAACUUCAUCCUGGCAGAGUGUCUUCACUUCAAUCAGUUCAAGUCUGAGGAAGAACCAGAGUGUAUAAAACAAAGAGGAUGGUUGAAAGGGAAAGAAGUUGUCCUGAUCAACACUCCAGACCUGCUGCUUUCCUGGAGGUCCCAUCACAGCCUGUGUGAAGCAUGUAGGAGUCUCUCUGAUCCUGGACCUCAUGUGUUCCUGCUGGUUCUGCAGCCUGAAGACUUCACUGAGGAACACAAAGAGAAGCUCUGCAGUUUCCUUGAACUCUACAGUGACCGAUCGUUUGACCAUGCACUGGUUCUGAUGUCCACAGCCGAAGAGGAGAGUUCAGCUUUCAUGGAAAGAUGUUUGCAACACCCGCCCUUAAAAGAGAUGAUUGAGAAAUGUAGAUCCAGGUUUGUGUGGAGGGGAAACCUUGAACUUGCAGAGCUGUUAAAACGUCUGGAACAAGUUGUGAAGGAGAACAAUGGAGAGCAUACCGGACCUUCAACACCAGGGACAGAAAACCUGAUCCACUGGAGACAGACGAUGGUUGCUGUUCAGCCUCUUCUUCUGGAAACCAAGCAACACGUUGAGAGUGAUCUUCAGCCUCUGAAGCGGAGCCAGAGUUAUGAUUUGCUUCCACCAAACCUGUCUGAGCUGAGGGUCGUUCUGCUGGGGAACAGCUGGUCUCAGAGGAGCUCAGUGGGGAACCUCAUCCUGAGAGAGAAGCACUUCAACACUGAAGAAGAACCAGACUGCUGUCUGAGAGCCUCAGGAGGAUUGAAGGAGAAGCAGAUAGUUCUGAUCAACACUCCAGACCUGCUGCAGCCCAACAUCUCUGAAGACAAGCUGACUCAACAUGUAGAACACUGUAGGAGUCUCUGUGGUCCUGGACCUCAUGUGUUCCUGCUGGUUCUACAGCCUGAAGAAUUCACUGAGGAACUCAAAGAGAAGCUCUGCAGGGUCCUGAAACUCUUCAGUGAUCAAUCAUUGGAUCAUUCAUUGAUCCUGAUAUCGACACCUAGAGAGGAGACUUCAGGCUUCACGGACAAAGACCAGCCCUUAGAAGACAUGAUCCAGAUGAGUCAAUACAGAUAUUUGUGGCAGAAGAACCUCGGACGUCCAGAACUGUUCACACGUUUUACUCAAAUUGUAAAAGAGAACAAAGGAGAGCUUGUGAGAUGUGACAAGUUUGAGGAUGAGGGUUUGAACAUCACACCAAAGUCUGACCACAGGAAACCGUCUCUGAACCUGGUUCUGAGUGGGAGGACAGGAGCAGGGAAGACCUCAGCAGCCAAGGCCACUGGUCGGAAAGAGAAGGAAGAAGAGAUGAAGAGAAGGGAGGAACAUCUCCAGAGGAAACAUGAAGAUGAUUUAAAAUCCCUCAAAAACAAAUUCAAAGAAGACGAGAGAAAACUGAAAGCAAAACAGCUAGAAGACCUCAACAAGGAGCGUGAGGAACGAAGGAAAGAACGAGAGGAGGAGAAAAGAAGAUGGAAAAAACAAGAGGACGCUCAGAGACAGGAUUGGAGAAGAAAACUAGAAGCUUCAGAGAAAAUAGUUUGGUCAGAGAGAGAGCAAAAGGAGAAUGCAAUAAAGAAGAUGGGGCAGCUGAGAAAGGAGACGAAGAGAGAUCAAGAAGCCUGGAAUAAAGACAAAAAAGACAUCUGGGAACGAAUCCAUCAGGAGGACAAGCAGAGUCUGGAGGAGGCCAAGAAGAUCAUCAUGGAGCUCCAUAAAGAAUCCCAUAGGAGAAGGAAAUGGACUUAUGCUGUUGGUGGGCUGCUGUGUCUAUUAUUUGUGUUACAUCUCAUCUUUAUGAGGUAGAAGUUCACAAAACAAAGAACACACAUCUUUACAACUUGUUAGGCUGAUUGAAGAAGUUCAUGUUUCACAGAUGGAUGUGUCCUUCUUCACUUUGGUCUCAUGUGAUUCAGUGAACAAUGAGUACAAAUAGAAUUGUUUUAAUCCUGGAGCAUAUGGACGGAUCUAAAUUAGUUUUUUUCACCUGAACUUUAAAAUGAGGGAUCCUCUGAUGUCAUCAGUAUCAGCUGAUAUUAAUCGGGUUGUAAUUUAGCAAAAAGCCACACUGAUUAAACGAGAUGAAUAACCAGUGAGAUGAAUGGAUCUCCAGCACCAUGGACGCAUCACUAGCUUGUCUUUGUGUCUGCGUUGGCCGACUCGCAGGGAUCUGUGGGCCGUCUUGGCCACACUCUUAAAAUGUACUUUUACUAGUACUUAUUACCUAUUAUAUGAGUCAAUGAAUACACAUGUCUUUUCACAUCGGAUGGACAGAAUAUUUCUGAGUGUGGAACAAAGUCUGGUUUGUUAAAAAAUUUAAAUACUGUUUUUUAUCUUCUCUGGACAAAAUAUGUCAGCUGUAUUUUUGUAAAAAUGUACAUAUUUUCUUUCUCUUCAUUACGACGAAGUAGGAAAAAAUGUAAAUGUUUGCAGGGUUUUGGUAUCAUAGGUGUUUACAUUCAAACAGGAAAAUAACAAAAAAAUGCAAAUAUUAUUUUGUUAGCAGUAUUUCCUCAGAGCAGGAAGGUCUUGGGUUCCAAUCCCCCCCCCCCCAGCUUUGUAUUGUUAUUUGUAUCAAUGAAUAUUUAAUUAAAGCAAAGUUUUGAAUUUUAUAGCGUUUCUCUAAACAAUAUUUGCAAUCCUAACUUUCUGUUCUUGGUACGAAGAACUGAAAGAGAUCAGCCUUUAUCUUGUCAGGACUUGUAGGAGCCAUAUCGAGCUACUGUAUAUUCAUGUUUCUUU